AUGGCCCAAACAAACUUAUUCUGUGCCUGUGUUUUCUUUAUGCUGAUUUUCUCCCAAGAACUUCAGUCCAUAGAUGGAAGAAGGCACCUGAAGCUUGAGAGAAAACACAUAUUCUCAAAGCUUCAAACCUCUAAUACGUUUAAAAAACAUUUUGUUGAUAAGCAUAACGUGAAUGGUGAUAAUGACUCAGAUGUAGAACUGCCUACUACUUUCUGGUCUCCACCUGCACCUCCGGUCCCAGCAGAUGCGGUUGCUGGCAUGCCUCGACAGCCACCCCCACCCCCAGCUUAUGAAUUCAGGCCCACUGCCACAGGCGACAGCCCUGGUGUUGGACAUUCCAUUAAAAACUAG